AUGCCAGGGCUGAUUAACCGGACAACCCGAUCCCCGAUCCCACUCACAGCGUCGGAGGUGACGUCGUGCGUCAGCGGCUAUGCCUUCGGGAUGACAGCCUUGCUCACCUACCGCAACCCAGAAGCUCAGGCAUUUGAAGGUCUCUUUGUCUACCCCUUGGAUGAGGGCACCGCCGUCGUGGGGUUUGAGGCGGCCGUGUCCCGGCGUGCCGUGACGGUGCAGAUCAAAGACAAAGCCAAGAUAGAUGACACGUAUUUCGAUGCGUUUUCCAUGGUUGUGACACCGUGUCUCCCUGGUGUGGUCGUCUCUCUCUGUGCAGGAAGGAUCAUGAUGGAUGAGGAUUUGGAGAGGAUAGUUUUUGUAGCUAACCUGGGCAUGAUUCCUCCUCUGGAAAGCAUCUCCAUCUUCAUCAGCACCUCCUCCGAGCUGCAGACACUGCCCAGCGGGGCUGUGAGGGUCCUUCUUCCAGCUGUGUGCGUCCCCAGAGUCCCCCAGCCCAGCCUGGAGAAUGCCAGCAGCCUUUCCAGCCACCAGCUCCGAACGGACAAGCACUACUGUGGGUCGGGAAGCCCGGAGCGAGGGAGCCGGUUCUGCCUGGCUCAGCUGCUGGAGGGUGAGGCCACCAACCCCUCCGAGUACGAGUUCAGCUUCCACCUGGAGAUCCGAGGGCCGUGCUUGCUGGCAGGCGUUGAGAGCCCCACGCACGAGAUCCGAGCAGACGCCGACCCCUCCGCUCGCUCCGCCAAGAGCAUCAUGAUCACGCUGGCCAAUAAACACACCUUCGACAGACCCGUGGAGAUCUUGAUCCACCCAAGCGAGCCCCACAUGCCUCACAUCUUAAUGGAAGAAGGUGAUAUGACGCCUGCAGAGUACGAACGACACCUGAAGGGGAAGAACGAUUUCAUUAAAGGCACUAAGAAGGACCCCAGUGCUGAGAAAAAGACGGAAAUCAUCAGGAAGCGGCUGAACAAGGACAUCCCCCACCACCCCGUCAUCAUGCUCAACUUCUGCCCUGACUUGAGGACCGUCCAGCCGGAUCUCCGGAAAGCCCAAGGAGAGUUUAUCUUCCUCAUAGACCGCAGCAGAAGCAUGAGCGGCGUGAACAUCAACCGCGUCAAGGAUGCUCUGUUGGUCAUUCUCAAGAGCCUGAUGCCAGCGUGUCUCUUCAACAUCAUUGGGUUUGGAUCCACCUUCAAGACCCUCUUUCCUGCCAGUCAGACUUACUGCGAGGAGAGCCUGGCCGUCGCCUGCGAGAGCAUCAAGAGGAUCCGGGCUGAUAUGGGGGGCACCAACAUCUUAUCGCCUCUGAAGUGGGUCAUUCGGCAGCCCAUCCACAGGGGCCAUCCCCGAAAAAAAGGGGCCAUCAGCAACACGGGGAAGGUCCUGGAGCUGCUGCGAAACCAGUCCUGCUCCACCAGGUGCUACAGCUUUGGCAUUGGGCCAAACGCCUGCAGGAGACUGGUUCGGGGGCUGGCCAGGGGCAUCGCCGAGUUCGUGGCGGAGGGCGAGAGGCUGCAGCCCAAGAUGGUCAAAUCGCUGAAGAAGGCGAUGGCGCCGGUCCUGAGCGACGUGUCCGUGGAGUGGGUCUUUCCCGAGAGCACCGAGGUCUUGGUUUCCCCCAUCAGCACCAGUUGCCUCUUCCCUGGGGACCACCUGGUCGGCUACGGCAUCAUCUGCGACACCUCCCUGUACAUCUCUAACCCCAGAUCUGACAAGAGGCGACGUUACAGCAUGAUGCGUUCCCAGGAGUCGGGCAGCUCUGUUUUCUUUCACUCCCAGGAGGAGGGAGCAAGCAUGGAGAACUGGAACCACUCCAGAGACUCGGAGGGCUGCUGCCCCACCGAGCGUGCCUCCGAUCACCUGAUGGUGGGCAGAGAUCCUGGGGGAGAAUCCGACACGGACACUGGAACGGACGUGAAAGCUUCCUCCAGGAGACGGGCGUACAGCACCACCCAAAUCGCCGACCACCAGCCUUGCACGAAGGUGCCCACAGCCAGCGAUCCCGGCACCGCCCUGGUGAAAAACCCCCUUCGGAAAACCCACCUGCAGGACCUGCAGCAGGUCAGCCCCGAGCCCUGGCAGGUGGAUUUCCAGCUCGUCUCCGCGCGCGCCAUGCUGGGAAGGAAAGAGUCUGCCCAGCAUCCUUCCUUCACGUUUGAGACGGAGACCUCCUCCGACUGGGGGCCCCAGGACUCCGACUCCAGCGCUGCCCGCGGCUCCCCGCACUCCCCCAGGGCCUUCUGCAAGGCGGUGGUGAAGGGGCUGAGGAGCAACGAGCCCGUGCAGUGGGAAGUCGCCUUUGAUAUCCGCCCUCUCUUCCGAGAGCGGGAGAACCAGGCGGAUGGCGAGGCGGACCUGUGGAGCGAGACCUUCCACCACCUGGCAGCCAAGUCCGUCAUCCGGGACUUCGAGCAGCUUGCCGAGAAGGAGUGCGAGAUCGAGCACGGAUCCGGGCGACGGUACCAGGUCAACGCUGUCCACACCAGCAAGGCCUGCAACGUCGUCAGCAAGUACACAGCGUUCAUGCCGGUGGACCUGAGCACCAACACCUACCUGCCCACCGUCGUCGAGUACACCCACACGGGGCCACUACAGAGCCUGUCUGCUUCCUCUGCACAAGCCCAAAAAUCCAUCGAGAGCCUCUUUGCUGCAAGGCUGACCUUCAAUAAAACCAGGUUGCUGACUCGAGCUGCCAAAGGGUUCAUGAGUAAGUCUCCCAGCAGAGUGAGCGAAACCAGCUCCGAGGGCGACAAUGAGAACACAGACUACCUUCCCCUGGCAUCUCUGCAGCUGGCUUGCGGUGCCUUUCUCAUGAACUCGGCCUUCUGCGAUGCCAUCAACAUCCCCAUGGAGAAGCUGAAGUGGACAUCUCCCUUCGCCUGCCACCGCCUGGCCCUCAGCCCCUCCAGCUCCUACAGCACCAAGAAGGUCAGUCCCUCCAGGGAGCACAAAAGCCUCAGCUCUGGCCAGCGGCUCCUGGUUCCCAAUGGACACGGGAAGAUGAAAGCCGCAGCCCAGCAGCUCUUUGUCCUGCUCCGACACUGGGAUGAAAACCUGGAGUUCAACCUGCUGUGCUACAACCCAAGCAGCGUGUAA